AUGAGCCUGAGCCCCAGUGGCAGCGGUGGCAACGGUGGCAACGCGCCAAGUUACGCCGGUCACGCGGGCCUUGCCAACUACGCCAGUCACGCCGGUCACCCCAAUCACGCCGGUCACUCCAAUCACGCUAGUCACCCCAGUCACUCCAUCCACCCCAGUCACGCCAUCCACCCGAACCAUGCCAUCCACCCGGACCAUGCCAACCCUCUCCACGCGGACGUGAAAGGCGGCCUCGAGGCCACCAACACCCGCGUGUACAGGGAGACGCUCCCCGGAAGGGCCCACCUCAAUGCGGAGGCGGACAGCUACGCUAAGUUGGAUCUUCCUAGGGGAGGAGACCCAAGCCGAGCUGAUCUGAGCCGAGCUGAUAUGAACCGAGCUGAUCUGAGCCGAGCUGAUAUGAACCGAGCUGAUCUGAGCCGAGCUGAUAUGAACCGAGCUGACCUGAGCCGACCUGACGCUAUCCGACCUGAGGCUGCCCGACCUGAGGCUGCCCGACCUGAGGCUGCCCGACCUGAGGCUGCCCGACCUGAUCUGAGCCGCCCCCCCUUGGAGCCGACCAGCAAAAAAAAGGAGGAGCCAUUCAAAAGCAUAACCCACUUCGCCAAGUACCUCUUUUUCAUCGCCAAAAAAAUUGCAUACGAAGAUGUGCACAGGUUCGCAGGAAGCAGCAGUCUCCAAAGCACAAAUGAUGAGUUGAAGAAGGCCCUUGUGAAACACUUAAUCUACAAGCUGAACAAAAUUCUGUCCUCACUCAUUAACUUCAACGUCCUCCAGUAUAAUGAGAACAUUAACAUAAAACAGGAGGUGGAGUACCUGUGUCUUAAAAACAGCAACGUCUCUCUCAACAGAAUAAGAUUGAUGUUAAGCAAGUUAGAGAACAGUGGGACGAACUACAGAUACGCUUUGUAUAUCCUGUUGAAGCUACACAGUUACGACGAUCAGAAUGCUGCUCAGGGCGCUCCUCCAUCUGUUGGUGUGCACAACUCCGCAGUAGCAAAUGCCGCGCGCAGUGUGAACCCAUCUCAGGGGGCUGUAGAACCGGAGAGACGCGCAUACGGUUCGCAUGCAGAGGGAGACAGUCAUAGGUAUGCCCACAACAGGGGGGGACCUACAAACGGGGGUGGAAGCCAAAGAAAGGAGGACCCCUACAAGGAGGAACAAGGAUCCAAGUUGGUAGAUACUCCCGGGGGGAGGCCCCACCACCAAAGUGCGCAAGAUUCGAAGAGGUACUUCCAGCCCCCCCCAGAGGGACGACCAUACAAUCAACGUACGCAGGAUGGACGUGACUUCAGACUAUCCAUCCAGGGGCAACCCCCGCGUAGCGGUCCACGUGGCGACCAACGUAGUGAUCCACGUAUCGACCAUCGCAUCGACCAACGUGGCGACCCACGCAUCGACCAACGUGGCGACCCACGCAUCGACCAGCGUGGCAACCCCCUGUGCGAAAAUAAUUUCAUAAACAAGAGCCUCUACGCAACGAUCAUCCUAAACAAUAAGUUUAACAACCUAGACUUGGAGGAAAGCCUACUCAUGAAGGACCUGAUCUACCCCCUGCAAGGAAUGAGUGGACAGUAUAUCAAGUAUGACAAGAAGGACCACUGCUUCUAUGUACGCAACAGGACAGUCAGCAUAGGUAUGCAUCACCUGGUAAACAGCAUCAGUAGUGUGGGAUUACAAUUCAGAAGAAUCAAAAAAAUCGUUGGUGUUUCUUCCACAGAGGGAGGUGGUGGCACAUGGGAGGAUGCUCACAGUGGAGAAGAUGAAUGGGGUGAUCUAUCCGAUGGAGGGGACAGUAAGCACCUCUACUCAGGGGAAGGAAGGCAUUCGAUCCAAUCCCGUAGGAAAGGCAGUCUAGUCAUCGACGCACUGCACCAGGUAGUGCGUGAAUACAUAAAUGAAUAUUACAAGCUACUCUCCUAUCUCGAAAGUGACAUAAAUGAACACAUACACAAAAACACAGUGUACAUCGGAGUUAAGAAGCUCCAUCUGCGUCUUCAAGAAUCGUACAAGAUAAUGCGAGUCCUCAUGAACGUCGUGGAUGAGUCCCGUAGAAACACUGGCUGUAACUUCCUCUCCUUCCUGUACUCAAAAUCGCAAACGUACGAUUACGAUGAGCAAAAAAUAUACCGGGCGAUACUUCAAAGGUGUUUAAAGCCAGUAAACGCUAUCCUGAAGCAGUGGGUAGACAACGGGACGUUGAAAGACAAAUACAAUGAAACGUUUAUCUCGACAAAUAAAAAUGUACCAUCUGAGAAGAUAUGGUGUUACAAAUUCUGCCUGAACAGCAAUAACAUUCCUCUUUUUUUGAGUGUCAGCACAGCGAAGCGGAUUCUCCUGACUGGAAAGAGUGUGCACCUGCUGAACAGCUUUGGGGGGGAAGGCAGCCAGUUCGACGAGCCCGCUGGCAAGGCCAAGGCGCGUCUGCACGCGGAAGAAAGGAGCGAGUCGGCUAGCCAGUCGCUACGCGGAAGAGCGCUGCGAGGAAGAGCUAUGCGAGAAGGAACACUACGCGGAAGAACGCUACGCGAAAGAACGCUACGCGGAAGAACGCUACGCGGAAGAGCUAUACGGGAGAACCCCCCACCCGGCGAAGUUGACGUGUUCUCCGUGAGCGACGUGAACACCUACGUGGAAAACAUAGACCGGUACGUCAAAAGGCUUUGCGUACGAAAGAACAAGCGACUAAUAUCGAUGCUGGUGAAUAAAUACGGACUGUAUGAGCACUUCAGAGCAUUCAGGCACUUCCUCCUGCUAGUGGACGGAGAUCUUUUCGAAACAAUUUUUGAUAAUAUGAAAACGGAUCUAUAUAUGGAUGCAGAGGAGCUAAAGCGACAUUACCUAAACAGCAAGCUGGAUCUCUGUAUUAAGUCCUCCUCUAUAUUUACCUCCAACCAAAGUAUCAUUAACAAAUUAGUGCUCGAUAGAUUCCACGUCAAGCGAGGAGAUAUCGGUUGGGAUGUCCUCGUUUUCGAUUUCAUGGUUGACAAACCGCUAGACAUUAUUUUCACGCAAAAGGUAAAGAAUAUCUACAAAACCAUUAACGUCUUACUAAUCAAAUUAAAAAAAAUACAUUACGAGUUAGCUAAUAUAUGGUAUUUAUUCACUCAUUUAUUUAAAGUCAUGAAUGUCGUUUGCUACAACCACGUCUUCAUUUACUGCAACAUCAUGAGGAAUGAAAUGUUCCAUUUUAUUCAGAAUUUACUCUCAUAUUUUUAUUACGAUGUGAUAGAUAUGAAUUGGAGGGAAUUUAAGAACGUCAUUUUUGAUUGCAAUAAUUUGGAUCGCUUGAUACAUGAGCACUACCACUAUAUAUGUCAGAUUCAGGUUGACUUGUUUCUUGGGAACUCCGUGGACGGGGGGGCAGCUCCUGCCCCCACUACUGCCGCGUUUGCCCCUGCGUCUUCCCCUACUGCUGCCGCGUCUGCCCCUACUUCUUCCGCGUCUGCUGCUGCUCCCGCCCCGUCGUCCGAGUCGUCCUCCUCUUCGUCUGUUCAUUCAGACGUAGACUCCACGUCGGAUGGCUACUUGAACAGCUCGCUGGGGUCCCCACCUCCAGGAGGUGCAGCUGAUUUUGUGUAUGCCCCUUCGCAUUGGGGGGAACCACCUAAGAAGAAGCUCGUUUCAUUUCCUCGAGGAGUUCCUCACCCAUCAAGCAAAAACGUGGAAGCAAUUUAUUACACCUCAGAUGCAGUGCCACAAACGGGUUCUACGAACAAUAGAACCCACAAUAAUGUAGACACCGAAACACAUCUGUGCAUGUAUCGAAUACUGGAUAUCAUAACUCGAUUUAUCAAUCUCACCAGUGCAUUGAUCUCCUCCGUCUGUGAAGGUUACUCGGAGAUAAAAAAACUCACAGAUGCGAAGAAAGACGAAAGAAACAACAUAGACAGCGACAUUGACUACGUCAACAAUUUCAUUAAUACCCACAUCAUUGGAGAAAAAACCAUACGGGAUCUUAAGAUCCUUCUCAAAUACUACCGAAAUUAUAUAUAUAAAUUUAUUUGUCUCCUCCUCAGCGAUAGCAAAUCCCUCAGUGACAGCAAGUCCCUCAGUGCGCACUCACGCAUCUCCAAACGGGACAAGCUCAACUCACAUCGCCUGCUCGCUGCACGCCUCGACUUCAACCUCUACUAUGUCAACAUCUCCAAGCUCAUGGAUGGAUCCACCCCCAACCUCAACAUCUCCAAUCAGAUUAAAAUGAUCAAGCGGGCUCAGCCCAUUAACCAGAUCACCGGUUGA